GUUCCUUCCGAAUUGUUUCACGAGUUGUCGCGAGUUCGGUGGGACGUUUCUCCAUAAAAAAUAAUGGUACCGGCGAAACGAGGGUAACGACCGAAAGGCUGGAGUCUCGGACAAGUUACGCUCACCGUGUGUCGGACUCGUUGCGUGGACGGCUGCCAACUUCUCCUCACGAUUCUCGAUUCCAUCAACAAGGGUCAACGAUCGAAAGCAUCGCGUUUCGUAUCGGAAAUCCUUUGAAAUCGAUCCAUCGGAAGCAGAGCGAGCCUUCUUCCUCUCGAAUCGUCCGAGUCGCCGAAAUUCGACGACGCCCUGAUCUUUAUCUUCUAAACAUCCGCUACUCGUAUCUUCGCGAAUAUCAAAUCAGCGUGUAGAGAAAGAGGAAAGAGACAUAAUUCGAGCCGGAAGAGAAAAUGAAAUCCGUAAUGGAGGAAUGUCGGUAACGGUGGCCGGUGGGUAGCGCGUGGGAUAACCGAUUGCCGCCAGUCACGAAUCACUCGAAACGAGAUAACAUCGAGACUAAACGAGAGAUGCUUCGCAGAAGUACGAGGAUGAUAAGUAAAGACAGGUUUCGGUUUGUUGUACCUACCGAAAUCGUAGGCUUCGGUGCUCGCAUACGUAUUUAUAGUUUUGGACCGUUAAAAAGUACGUAUCCGAGUGAGCACCGCGGUGGUCGAUGAGCAGCAGGAUCGUACUACGGGACCGGUCUCUUAAUCUUCUCUCGAAAUAAACACCCUCCACGUUCCUGGCCAUACUUGCGUUCCCGCUGCUGGUGCCCGUAUUCCUACGCUUCUACCAUGCCGUGUUCACUCGAGUUUUACCUAUCUCGAAUAUCCGCUUCCGUCGCGUCGCCAGGUCAUGCGUAUAACCUGAAUCCUCCUCGUCUCGUAUAUUAUGCUCGAGAAAGGAAUUUUGAAUAAAAGUUGCACAGCUCGAGAGGUGCGGUAGCUUAAGUCUAACCGGAUGAAACAUUGCGUUAUUAUAAUAUUUGCAUUGUUAAUGGAGCACAAACGGUCGCGUCGACAGGGUACAGGCGAGGGGUUUCGUUACCCUCUGAAUAGAAACAAUCAGAACAAAAUUGUCGAGUAGACCGAAUGAAACAAAAGGAAAAUUGAAAUUGAAAAGUGGUAGCGAGGCAAAAAGUAAUUUAUCAUUUCUUUCUGAGAACGUCUCGAUCGACACCCCUCGAAUAUUCUUCUAUAUACAAGUUCUCAGUUUCUAAACUGUUUAUGGGAACAGAUAAGGGGGUUUUUUCUUCUCUUGCAGUUAGUUCUGUUGCAUCUUUCGAAUUUAGUAAUCACUAUAUCCUAAUGCCGUCGCGGUGGUCGUCGCAGUCGCGGGACCUCCUGCAGAGAGAACGAGAGAGAGAAAAACCGCGUCAAGGAUCGGUUUCGAUCCACGCGUCUGCUCCUACGCUUGGUCGCCUGUGUCGAUUAAUAAAUAUGCUAAUGCACCGAGACGAGAGUGUCUCGUUCGAUUUAAUUGAAACCGUUUCCCGUUAAAACUUGUCCCUCUAAGAGAGGCGAAUGGACGCGAAGCUUCUCGCGCUUGCAUCGUUUUAUAGGUACGAUUUGUAGGUGAAAGUCGAAGCGAGCAGGAGAUUUUGUAACGUUGAUCUAGCUCUCGAAAUCGUAUCAGUCGAGCACGAAGCUGUAUGUACAGUUAAAACCUGCGGCUAAGUUGGAAAGUAUUACGGAGCAGCGCGAUGCGUCAACGAAAAGAUAAGCGCGAUCCAAAUAAAAGAUACCGCCGGCCUUUCCUAGUACCCCCUUUAAAACUUCUUGCUGCUUCGAUAACAAGCCUUUGAGUCGCAUCGUAACCGAACUCCUCUCUUUCGUUUCUUUCUCGUCUCUCCGCGUCUGUUCAGUCUGAUUUUCGUCCUGUUACCAUUCGAGGAUCCUUCAGAUUUGCCCAUGGUUCUCGCGAAAAUUUCGUAGUUUCGCGAUCUCCGGUAACAAGGCAAAGGAGAGGUAUUUACGCUUCCUUGAUACCUGUCGAUAUUUUGACUUUUGAACGGCCAACGUGUACUUACACCGUCACGAAGGAAGGAGCGAAGAGGCGAUAGCGAGGAAGGUAUAACGAGCUCUUUGUGCGUUAUCUUUCGCCAGUUUGUUUCUUCUCGCUUCGGUACCGACGAACGCGUUACAAUCCCACGCAUAAAUGUCACCGACAAAGCUUAUCCCGUUUUUGAUCGCUCCGAAAGAGACUGGGUCGCUGGCCUACGCGACCCUGAACGCUCUUUUCUCUACGGAGAAUCACGUGGAAACUUGAAUUUUCUUGAAUCAACCCGAUCCCCACUGAAUUUAUUCAGAGCGAAGCGUAAUCGCGCAAAAUCUCGAACGAUGCUUAACAUUGGUUAGCUAAUUAUCCUCGCCCAAUUAAUUACUCCAGCCCCGUUUCAAUAUACCAGCCUCUCGGUCGCUGGUGUACGAGGAAAAAGAAAGUCGUUGACCCGAUACGUCAGCCUUGCGUAACAACCGCUUUACACACGUGACCCGUAAACUAAUCGUACAGUGAAACGAAAAGAAAGAUAGAAAAAAUACGCGUUUGAACGCAUCUAAAUGCAAACAAACGCGACACCUUUACGUUCGUCGCGAUCGUUGAAUCUAUUAUAAGCAAGUCUCGCAAUUUACCUGGCCUUCGAUCGCCGCAACGCACCGUGCCACGUCGCGUACGCAUCGUUCGCUUACUUCGUCACUUUGAAAGAAACAGCAAAAUCGUCGCUCCUUUACCGUUUUAUCUUUAGUCAUCAAUGGCAUCGUUGUACGACGAGAAAAUCGAUCGAUUUUAUCGAAACCGUCUGUCGAUUCAGUGGCAAUCUGGAACAAAGUUGGAAGCUCUCCAUCCAUUGGCAAAUAUGGAUUUCAAACCUCGUCCCGAUAAGCCACGAUUAACAUCGAAAUCAAAACGUUCGAGUUUCUUCUUUUUGUUGCUAUUUCUCGUGAUCGAUAAAGGGUGUAAGAAUAGAAAAGAGCGGGGAAGGGGCUCGGCUGCAUCCCUUGGUCGAAACACGUCCGUACACGUUCAUUCAUGGUAUAAAUUCGCUCGCGACUCUCUGCUUAUUGUUAACCAUAGACAUUCUGUUGUUUGGCACAUCGGCGCCGGUCAGUUUAGCGACGGACACCGCGACGAAAGGUCUGAACGUCGAUGUCGAUUAAAAUUGUGAACGAUUUUGUGGAGUUCUUCAAACGUCUCGCGCCGCGUUGUCUUCGCGAAAGAGAAAAUGAAGCAACCGCUCGUUGCGAAGAUGUGGAAGGGAACAGGCUCGUGAUCAAACAGAAUGAAGAGAUGAUCGCGAGCCUACCGAUACACAGCGGCGGUGGAGGCGGCGGUGGCAGCGGAGGGCCAAGUAACCGGGUGGGUCGUGGAUUGGCCCUUCACAGGUCCAAUUCCAGCCUGGAGCUUCCUCACAGUCCGGACCCUGGUUCUCGAGUGCCAGAAACUCCCCUAAGGCGGGAGUAUGGAUCUCACGGAAGCAUCGACGUGGUAGCCGCUCAGUCAGUGACGGUUGGCGAGAACUUGUUCGCGAUGCUCCAAGACCUGAGACCAUCGGCAUCGGAUCAGCGAAAUUCGGUCGGCGUGGAUUACCUGAGGCGCGUUCCAGACGGACAAACGGUCGACGCGGACGAGGUUUGCGGGCCGACCGCCGGCUCCAGUCCAAAACUACGAUUGAAAUUGAACAGACUGUGGGGCGCGAAACCGCCACGGGCCAUGGAGGAAAGCUGUAGCAGCCCCGUGUUGUCGGCCGAUGUCGAGGAGAGGCACAGAAGGCGAGCGUUCGCUCAUUACGACUGCCAAUCGCUCACAGCGAAUCUCGGUUACGCGGCGAAACUGAGGGGUAUCCUGCUGGCUAGGAGAAGAAACACCGCGACCGGAGCUUCUGCCGCGAGCUCCUUCAGGGCAUCCACCCCAGACGAGACGCCCGAGGAGGAUGUCGGGGAUGGAAAAGGUAACGAGUUGUUAGAAUCGUGUCCGUUCUUCCGAAACGAAACCGGCGGCGAAGGAGAGCGAGAAGUCGGUCUAACUCGAUGCUCCCAAGGCAACGGUGUUCACAGACCGUUCUUGGCGUACGGCGUCGCGGUUUUGGAACCGGCACCUGGAGAAACCAGCUGGAAGUACACUUGUCCGUUGCAGAAACGACCUCUCCCGAUCGAGAGCGUCGACGAGGGCGCUCACUAUUACAGGAGAUACUUUCUCGGCCGGGAACAUCAAAACUGGUUCGGUAUGGACGAACAAUUGGGUCCGGUCGCUAUCAGUAUUCGAAAGGACGCGAACCAAUACAGGAUAAUAGUUCGUACUUCGGAACUGUUGACUCUUCGUGGUUCGGUACCGGAGGAAGCUCUAGGAAUAAGGCCUCAGGGUAGACUACCGACCAGAGAACUGUUGGAACUUGUAGCGCCAGAGGUGCAAUUGGGCUGUCUCAGGUUGGGCACCGCCGCGGCCGAAGAAGCUCUGGCUAGAUUGGACGAACAGGGACUCUCCAAUAGGUACAAAGUUGGCGUCCUCUACUGUAGAUCCGGGCAAAGAACCGAGGAAGAAAUGUACAACAAUCAACACGCUGGACCAGCUUUCCUCGAGUUUCUCGACGCUAUCGGCCAAAGAAUAAGACUGCGAGGAUUCGAAGGUUACAAAGCUGGCCUGGAUACGAGAACCGACUCGACGGGUACGCAUGCGGUCGCGGCGACCCAUCGAGGAGCGGAAGUAACGUUUCACGUGUCCACCAUGCUACCCUUUACACCGAACAAUCGGCAACAGCUGUUGAGGAAGAGGCACAUCGGAAACGACAUAGUCACGAUAGUUUUUCAGGAACCCGGCGCGUUACCCUUCAGCCCGCGAAGGAUACGUUCGCAAUUCCAACACGUGUUCAUCGUGGUCAGAGCCGUUGAUCCGUGUUCCGAGAAUACUCAAUACAGCGUGGCGGUGUCCAGGAGCAAGGAAGUGCCCGUUUUCGGGCCACCUGUUCCACCGGGUGCCACGUUCGCCAAGGGAAAGACUUUUGCCGAAUUUAUUCUGGCUAAGGUGAUCAAUGCCGAAAAUGCUGCGCAUAGAUCGGAAAAAUUUGCCACGAUGGCGACCAGAACCAGGCAAGAGUAUUUGAAAGAUCUUGCGACAAACUACUCGUCCACUACGAUCGUGGAUACAGGGCAGAAAUUUUCCAUGCUGCCGUUCAGCAGCAAAAAGAAAACGGCCGUACGACCGAAACUAUCUUGCGACGCCUCGCAACGCGGCGCUAUAUGCUGGCAAGUGAUACUGGAGGACAGCAAUCAGAACACCGACUGUUACCUUGGGAUCAGCAUAGACACGGUCGUUCUAAUCGAAGAACAUUCCAGACAAAUUGUGUUUGUUACUGCCUGCGCGAGCGUACUCGGAUGGCACGCCCAAACGAACAGUUUGAGAUUAUACUAUCAUCAAGGGGAAUGCAUUACGAUUCACGUGCGCGGCGAUUACGGGGACAGAGACGAACUGAUGGAAAUAGUGGCGCGAUUGAGAGCGGUGACUCAAGGGGCGCCCGCUACGGAAUUGUCUUUGAAAAGAAACAGCUUGGGGCAAUUAGGUUUUCACGUGCAACCGGACGGAGUGGUUACGCAGGUGGAAAGCAUGGGCCUCUCUUGGCAAGCGGGAUUGAGGCAAGGCUCUAGGCUGGUUGAAAUUUGCAAGGUAGCAGUAUCCACCUUGAGCCACGAUCAAAUGGUUGAUCUGUUGAAAACGAGCGCUCAGGUCACGGUCACUGUCAUACCGCCGAAUAACGAUGGUAAUCCUAGAAGAGGUUGUUCCCUGCAAAAUUGUCAGUAUUUAUCGAGCAGCUACGAGGGAGACUACGAGAACGUAACUAGUCCGGACAAUACGCCGACUCAGCAGACAGCCAUGUCCCACCAGAGGAGAUACGAGCGAUCUUUCAGUCCACCGAGAUCGAGCAACAGUUCUGGCUACGGAACCGGAUCUAGCUCCAGGUCGUUCAACGAUCCACGCUUCCCUAUGGAGGGCACCAUGACCAGUAGCAGUAGCGGACACAGUAGCACCGACGAUCGCUGGUACGAACUGCUAGAACCUCAAGAUCAAGAGAACGGACAUCGCGCGGACGGUACUCCUCCACCGCCUCUUCCAGCCAGACAAUCUUAUCAAAUAGUGACUCCCAAGUCCUCUCAAAAAAAGGACAAAGAGUCUCACUACGCGAGCAGCAAACAGUUCUCCGAGAAUUUGAAACAUCACGGUCAUGAUCACUACGCGAAGGAGAGUAAUUACGUAUCCUCGAAAACGAUACAAGAGAACAACGCCAGGCACGAUAAUUAUCAAAGACAAUUGGAUAACGUUCAUCGAAACCAAGAUCACGUCACAUCCAACUACGUGAAACUUCAAAAGGAAAAGUACGAGAUGAAGCAGGAAAACUUGUACGCCUCCCAGAGGGAGCUCCAUAAAAACGAUGUCCAUCACAUUGGUCAUCAGAAAUUGAACGCAUCGAACUCGUUACCGUUGGCUCAAAACGCGGCUUACAGUCUUCCAAAGUCGAACAGUAACAACAAUCUGGGUAGAUGCAACGAGUACGAACAAUCGAAAUUCGAGUAUGAAGGAAAAGCGGAUAGAAGUCCGAAAUACGAAAUGCAGGAUGAAAAAAUGAUGGACAACAGGACGGCGGUGAAUAAGUACGAGCAGGAUAUUCGAGUGCACGAUAAGAGACCGAUAAACUACGAGUAUCCCGAGGAGGUGUACGAAAGGAGAAACAGUAAGUACGAGAUGGAAAUCGCAAAAUACGAGAUCGAAUGUCAACACGGGAUCAACGAAAGGAAACACGUUGACAACGGUGAACAAACACGCGAAUCCAUUAGAUACGAACUCCCGCACGAGUUUAAAGUCGGCGAGAAGGUAACCUGCUUGAAGACCACCAUCACCGAAAGACCAGUGCCUCACAAGAUAAACGUGGAAUAUCGACAAACGAAAGAUUUCGCCGCCAGCAGCUUACCGCCAGAGGUGAGAAUUCCCGACGUUAAUUGCUCGGAAGCGACCACUCUACCGAGCGAGGAUGAAUUAUCGAACGGUUCCGGAAGCGUGUCGCCUCGAUUGAGAAGAGCCGGCAAACAUCGCGGCGGAAAUCUUACUCCUUCGAGCGGAAGCUCGAGGAAUCAGAGUCCGAGACCGAAGCCAGGUGUUCGUAAUUCUCACAGGAACUCGGCGAAUCUAACGUCCAGCACGCUUCAAGAAGACCUAAUGAAGCUGAUCAAUCCUGAUUACAUCGCGGACGAUGGUCAAUUAAUAAACAACAACAACACGACCGGGAACGUAAUGAUCAGCAAUCAAAAUCCGAACAAGAUCAACAACAAUAUGCUCGAGAUUCAAAACAGAUGUAGAUCGAGAGAGAAUUUGUGCGGUGGCAGCGGCAACGCCCUCACCGUUUUGCCCGCGAACGGACAGGAGAACGGAAACGGUGGAUCGGAAGUGAUCCUCACGAUGGCCAGACCGGCAACGGUCAUCUCCAAUGCGAGCACAGCGUCUAGUCCCGCGCCGAGCGAAAACAAAUUAUCGAAGGAAGAAAGUUUGAUGCACGCUCUGUUUAGAUUAUCGCCACGCGUUACCAAACCUCCUCAUUCGAUUUCCAAAGCACCGACCAACCUGACGUCCAUCAAAGACACGAAAAAUCACAACGACUCGGACGUGGACUGUUGGCAAAAUCAUCACGUGGACGCUAGAUCGAAACAGCACGGUCAAGACUGGUCUGACGAUAGAUUAAUCGAUGGCUGCAAUACCAUCGCAAAUUCUGUCUCGGAUCUGCAAUCUCACUUGUCCACCCUCGAGUUGAGGGUAGCCAGAGAAACGCGUCGAAGGCUGUCCUUGGAAGACGAAGUACGUCGUCUGAGGGACGAGAAUCGUCGUCUACAGGACGAAAGCCACGCGGCUGCCCAACAACUUAGACGCUUCACCGAAUGGUUUUUUCAAACUAUAGAUCACCAAUAAGUAUAUACCUACCCUGAACGAUUCGUAACUACUCGUUCGAUCGUUCUGUGCGAGCAGUAUUAGUUACGCGUUUCCUCGACAGAUCAACGCGCGAAUCAAAGAUUAUUUAAAGCGAUCGCCGGUCGCACGAUUGAUAAGUACAUGCAUUUUGAGACGCGCGUAUCGUUUGCGCGAUAUUUUGUACAAUAGACACUUUGUUUUAGAUUAAAGUCGUAAAGAUAUCGUCCAAGUUACCAUCGUGACACUCCCCGUGCACAAGUUGACGGUGAUUCGUGUGCAAGAUUAAAAGAAAAAGGUACAUAGUAGCUGUUGUUCAUUCGGGGGAAUAUUGUUUCGUUAACGAUGCGCGUUAAUCGCAACAACGUCUCACUUUGAAACGACCAAAUAUUGCUAGUUGUUUAAGAAUCACUUUAACUUCGUCCGUAAUUUAUUACGUGUUUUUGUAUAAUUCAUCAGGGUAUUGUUAAGCGAAACGCGAGGGAUAUUAAACUUUCUUUCAUCCGUUGAGAUAAACAAUUAAUUUCUCCUCGUAAAAUAUCUCCUGUAACAUCGAUAAUAAAUGAAAAAAAUAAAUAAAUAAAAAGAAUUCGAUUUCAAUAGGAAAUAAUACAAUGCAACCAAUUAGAAUAAAAUAGUUUAUUAUAAUUCACAGGAAAAAAAACAAGACAUUCUCAUGACGCCUGAAAACUCACUGUUCUGCAUCGAUUAACAAUAAUGUUUAGCCGUGGUUACCACUCUUUCCUGUUCGAGACCAACGGAAAGCCGCAUUCGUGUAUCAUGUCAGAUCGCCGAGGUGAGCAAUACCGGAGUAUUUAUUCCACCAUGUAAUCUACGGUAAAAUUUUUUUACGAUAAUUUUCUCUUUAAAUAGUAAUGUAAUAACAGAUUUUUGUCUUCGUGUAUAUAUAUCUAUAAGUGUGUAUAUAUAUUCAUAUGCAUAUGUUAUAUACGCAUAAUCGGAAUACCCGUGUCAACGGAGAAAACCUAAGACCGCUCUCACAUAAUACUCUACCACCGCGUAAGGUUGCAACGAUCGUAGCCUGGUUCGACGUGGUCCGUGGCCAAUGAACAGUAAAUCCUUCGGUUCGGGAACGCGUUCGAAUCUUUAACCCUCGAACGUACGGAGUCGGUUUCGAUAUCAAUAUGGAAAAGAUUAAAGAAAAUGCUCAACUGUUCGUCCGAGAGUUAAUAAGCAAACUAAUGAUACACGAGAGCAAAACAUCGCUCGUUGUCCGCGACGCGUAUCAUCAAGAUUUUUUACCAGUUUUCGUUCGCUUCUUAAGUACAUCGAGAAGGUAUGCGUGGAAAAUGUAAUCAUUAUUCUCGUUGCGCGUCUAACGAAAUAUACAUGUAUGCCCUGUGCGCAAAGAGGAUCUUGUUCGGAAAGAUUCUAUUGCGUGUGUCGUCGACAACGAGAAACGGUCAGGAGGAUUUACAACGACCGACGCUUUUCCACGUUUUCCCAUCUUCCCCUUAUUUUAUCAUUUUUUUUAAACGAACAAAUUUAACCCUUUAACUCUAAAUCGGGACAUGGUAUAUAUUAAACUGUUUCAACGUUCGGAUGGAAACUCGCUGGGGAGAAACAGCACGAGCAGAAACAUGAGCACCAGAUACAUAAGUUACGCGUAGUGCGUUUCCGUCGAAGCGGUGCAUACUGCGAGAAAAAUCAGCGUCAAGACACGGUGAAAUAGUAAAGCGACGAGGCGUCCUCGACAUUAUGGCACGAAAGGCGAAGGUAUCGCUUUACCGGUUUACGGGAACAAAGCUUACGUUUCUCUUCUCUUCCGUUUCGAAACGACUUAUUUUUCAAGAAAUCUCUAGUUUCACGAGGAAGCCGUGCAACGAAGAGAAGAAAAACGGUAUCGUUCGAGGAUUCGCGAUCGGAGACCGAGGCACAAAAGUUUCGAGACGCGUGGGACAAAACGGACAGGGGCAGCGGAGGUUGUGUGAUUAUGUACAAGAAAUUUCAUCGAUUUCUCCAAACGGGAAUCGAAAAUCAACCGUGCGUUUAACCGACAAACGAGUCGAACUAGGACGAGAGGAUCGAUGAAAAAUAUCGUUCAUCGCCGGUAUACAUUUUUCACCUUUCACCUUUUUCGCGCUUAAUCACUUUGCCAAUUAUCUUAUUUUUCUGCACAGCUUUCGAAAAUUCGUGCUCCUCAUCGAGAAUUAAUCUCGAUUCUACCAACGACGCUUCUCCUUCGAUAAAUUGAUCUCGAGCACGCGAUCAGAUCGAAUUGGAUAUCGUCCAAACUUUGAUCCCUAAACGCUCGAAUAUUACGAAUAAUAAUAUAUCGGAGAGUAGUACACGCCUCUGCGUCGUAGCUAAUACAAAAAUACUGUUCUGUUGCACCAUUUUUUUCUUUUCCUACUAUUCCUAUUAUUUUACGCAUAAUAAUCCCUGUAGUCUUUUAAAAACGCUCCUUUAUCGCUGUCAAGGGAAACAAAGGGAGGAAACGAAAAAUACUGAAUACGGCAUAUAAGUAUAUAUAUAUAUACAUAUAUAAAAAAGAAAAAACAAAAAAUCACGGUAAGAGGACUCUUUUUUUCUCUUCAACGACAAAUGUUUCGCAAACACAGCGAGAACAUACGAAAUCAAACGAUCUCGAUGUACGAUAGGCCUUCGUUUAUAUGGAACGAGACGAUUCGAAAAGUUGGGAUACUCCAGAUACAAUGGUACCUCGGUAUACGACCUUAAUCCGUUCCUGAUGUCUGGACUUAUACUGCAUCACCCUUUCCCAUAAAAUAAUUAAUCCGUUCUCAUGUAAAAAAAAUUAUACCUACGUUAAUUUAGAAUUUCGCCGGAAUUCUAGCGUACAUCGAGACGGUAGUUAGAGAGGGGAAAAAACGAAUAAGCAGAAAACUGUGUUUCCUGUUUGGAAAUUAAUAGAUUCGGAUAGCAAUCGGUAAAAAGUCAGCCUCUCGUACGUGUAGAUGAUCGUGCGAGGGCCACGUAUACUCGUAAACGCGCACGUUACCCUCCUCCGUUUCCGAUUUGUCUCGUAACUUUCGAUGAAUUGCGAAGGGAAACGCGACGACGAUACAAUGUUCGAUACAAUCGCGAUAUAAUGCCGUAACGUGCCACACGUAUCCAAGAAAGAAGAAUCUACGGAAAAACCUUUCUUUCUUUUUCCUAGAUCAAAUCAGUUCAUGAUAUGCGAACGACACGGACUGACGGACUAAUUACUUUAUCUUUUCUUUCUCUCUCUCCCGAUAUUCUAUAUUUCUUUUUUCUUGUUUCUGUACUCGUUCAAUUAAUUACAAUUCAGCAUGGCGAACAAAAGAUUUCGUCCCUUUACUCGAGAGAAAUCACAUUGACGCACCAAGCCAUUAUUCACUACGAUUAUUCAUCAUAUAAUUGUGUAUAUAUAUAUAUAUAUAUAAUAUAUCAUAUAUUCAGCAUCACAGUAAGAUAGCGCCCUUCAUUAUUAAGUGAUCGUCGAUCAGUUCGGACCAUUUAUAUUCAUUCCUGUUAACAACAUUCUUCUACAACAACCCGUCUAAACAUUGUCGAAUAAUUUUCAUCUGGCAUCGACGUCGAUGCAAUUGUUACGUACAUGAUUGGUAUCGUGUUCGUAGAACUGAUACGUCGAACUAGCAACUUGUCAGAAAGUGAAAUAAAAUCGUCCGCGUACAACAGGCCUGUGUAUCAAACGAGCUCGUAAAAUACUGAUACCGGACAAAGGAAAAAAGAAAAAAUAAAAUAAGGUGAGACGAUUAAAUCGACAAUCAAA